AUGCAUCCAUCAAGUGACUCGACCAAACUGGAGAUUCUGAGCAAAGAGUCUAAUUACUUGAAUCAAGUAGGAGACGGGGGAUCACCUCGAAAGAACCGCCUCCCAUUUCUAAAAGGAGGUUUGUGUUCUCAAGCCAAGAGGAGUCGGUUUUGGGAAGAACCCAAGUGGAAUGUGAGCUGGAACAAGAUGUGGUUUUAUGAUGCAGCAGGCUUCGAGAUCCUUCAAUCACGGCCACGGCUUCUGGAACCCACACAGUCUCCUGAGGCCGUGCUGUCCAGUUCUCCCUGGGCAAAAGUCAGCUCCCUCAGGUUCUUCAGAGGUCGGAGGUCGGAGGUUGGAGGUCGGCUACUGGAAGCUGCUGCUUCUCCUCUGCGAGAUCAGUGUGGGGUAAAGGGAAGUGAACCGGGUUUUCCGGCCCUCACACCACUAGCGUCUAUGAUUGACACCUGUGGUCUUACACGUGUGCCUGAUGGUGACACCUGGGGUGCGCUGUGGGCGAACGUGGGUGGAACACCUGAGCCAAAAGACCAAGCAUGUCCAACUGGGGCUCGGCCUGACUUGCCUCUGCCCUUCUGCCCAGCAACCUCUCCCACUUCAGAGGCCACGGUGGGCCCCGGGCCCCAUCAACCCCUGCGCUGUGCCACAGGGACCCCUAUCAACGGCCACCGAGGCCUGGUCCUCCCACCUGUCCCCUCCACCUCCUGGGAGGUCACAUCCCGAGUUGGGAAGAACCGAAGUUUCACAAGGGCAGCGACCUCGGGAAUGGAGCUGGCUCUCUGGGUUGGGCUAGGGACCGUGGUGGCGACUCCACACCCCCCUCGGGCCCUGCCCGCGCGCCCCGGGCCAGACGUUUCCCCGGCUCAGCGCCAAACACCCCGGAACCCGAUUCGGUUCGCGGCGCUGCACUUCUUCAACUUCCGAGCCAGCUCGCCCAGCGCCCUGCGAAUGCUGACGGCGGUGCAUGAGGGCAGCGUGUGGGUGAAUCCCAAAAAUGACUGUAAAGUAGACCUGGUAUUUACUACAGAACGCUACAACCCAGAGGAUGGUGAGGAACGUGUAGGGAAGUGCUCGGCCCAAGUGUUUUUCAGGAAUGAGAAGCCGAGACCAGCUGUCAAUGUGACAUGUACGCGAUUCAUAGACAAGAAACGAAGACAGAUGGAGGACUACCAGCUUUAUAAGCAAAUGAAGCAGCUUAAGAGCCCCUUGGAUACAGUCAGCAUUCCUGACAGUCAUGGAUACAUUGACCCUAACCUGAGACCCAUCUGGAAUCUGGCUUUUCUUGGCAGUUCUUACGUGAUGUGGGACAGGACUACACAGCUUUCACACUAUUCCAUGGCACAGAUCAGCAGGGUGAAGCAGUGGAGUACAAGCAAUGAUGCGGUUGAUUUUGAUUAUAAUGUUUUACUCCAUGAGUUCUCAACACAGGAAAUCAUUCCCUGUCGAAUUCACCUGGUCUGGUACCCGGGCAAACCACUGAAAGUGAAGUACCACUGUCAAGAGCUACAGACAACUGAAGAAGCUUCUGCAACUGAAGAAGGGUCAGCUAUGGCUCUAACUGAUCUCAGUAAUCUCUGAAAAGAAAAAACAUCUCUUUACACCAAAUUUUAAACAAAAUGUCUGUACUAGUAAAUAACCUAAAUCAUCUAGUGAAAUAGUUAAUAGUAUAGGAUAGUCUAAUAAUUUGGGAAAGUUUAUGAUUUUAAGUACAUACUAUGAAAGUUGGGGGCUUUGUUUCUGAUUGGACUGGUUCAGUCCUCUACUCUAGGAGCACCUCAUACUGAAUUCUGCCUGAUGCUCUUCAGUCACCCCCAAGUCCCCAGGGUUAUCAGCCCUGAAAUAGAAAGUCCAGUCAGUAUCUGCUGCAGCAAGAUCAGUAUUCAAAACAAAACUGACAGUCUCGCCUCUAAAUCUUUAUUUCUCCUUAUUUUGAACAUAGUGUAGCCAACUAUUUUGUUGCUAAAUUGCUUGUCUACUAUGUAAAAAAGAUAAUAUAUGUCAAGACAGCAAAUUGUAGUUAAGUGUAUGUGUUUAAGAGGAGUGUUAUUAUGAUUUCCAGCAAACAUUCUUUUUCAACUUGAUAGCUACUUUUAAGCAAAUGUUUGCGCUUUUCUAAAUGUGUUACAUGAGUUUGUAGAGAUUUCAUUGGCAAAAUUUGUACUAAACUGGAAAGAGAUGAACUUUUAAUGUUGCUUAAUUCAAAUUUUACAAAUAAAAAUAUGUAAUGCCUUACUUAUCUAGCCUUGUCCACAAAAAUGUAUCAAGUGAAACAAUCAAUUAAGAGUGUCAAAUAUUUACAAAUGUCAGUGGGGUCUAAGACCAACACUUAGACCCACUAUUGGUCCAAGAAAUUUUAAAAAGCAAAUACACUAUGUACCAUACUGAUACUCAGAAGUACCUCCCUAAGAAAUGACCUAGUAGAUAUGGUCAUCAGUUGCCUCUCAAAAUUAGUAUCAGACACCAGAUACUAAUGGAUCACUUAUAUUUGUAUUUAAAAACCCGUUUAUGUUUCUAUUUAGCAACCCAACUGCUUGCAUACAUCACCCCUAUAUCAUUUGAUUUAGAGAGCCUAAGUAUUCUGAAACACCUGAAAAAAAAAUUUAGAGAAAAAUUGGAUACUUCACCUAUGUGGUAAUGCUUACUCUAAAACCAAAUGAGCUUCUCUAAGGGAAAUUUCCUAAAUAAACACCAAAACAAGGUGUCAAAAGCAUUAUAAUAACAUACUAAAUUUCCUGUGAUGGCUAAUCUUUUAGUAUCUUAAUAAUUAUAAUGAAUAAUUUUAAUGAUUAAGUAACAUUUUGCAUCAAACAAUUCUGAGCAAUAUGGUAGAAGUGCUUGGAAAGUCCACUAUGGAAAUCAAAGUUUAACACCUGUUCUUUCACAAUCUCAAUGAAUACAACAUGAUAAAUUCCAACAGACUUAAAUCCAACCAACAUUUACUAGGAAAA